GACGACCAUGCUCCAAUUCGCAUACUUUGUCUCGUACCUCGUCGUUGCGCCGCCAAUGGGCCUGUUCAUGCGCAGGUACGGCUACAAAACUGGAAUUCAUGUCGGGCUCGGCAUCUUCGCAACUGGCGCCGUGCUAUUCUGGCCGAGUGCCAAGUAUAGGCAGUACGGCAUGUUUGUCGCGUUUACCUUCGUAGCUGGCUCGGGUCUCGCGACGCUCGAGGUCGCAGCCAACACAGUAGUCACUCUGCUUGGGCCCCCGCGAUAUGCGGCGCUCCGCCUCACGUUAGCGCAGGGCUUCAACGGGAUCGCGACUGUCGUGGGACCGCUCAUCGCAUCACACGCCUUCUUCAAGGGCAAGAAUGCGACAGAGCUCGGAACGGUGCAGUACGUCUACCUUGCAAUGGCAUGCUUUGCGACGCUCCUCAAUUUCUCACUCGUUUUCAUCAAGCUCCCAGAAGUGCGGCAGGCGGUGUCGAACGAGGACUUGGAGAAGCUCAAGCGCGGUGGUUGGAAGGGCUUCUUCAAGAAACACCACACAACGUGGGGCAUCUUCGCAGAGUUCUGCUAUGUCGGCGGACAAGUCGCGGUCGCCUCAAUGGCCAUCUUCUAUUUUAUCCACCAGCCCGGCCUGAGCAAGCCCAUUAGUGCCUCGACCGCGUCAAAUCUCUUCGCAGCUUGCCAGGCAACGUUUACUGUCGGCCGUUUUAUCGCCGUCGUCUACCUCCGCUGGAUCGACCCUGCGUUUUCUCUCUUCGUGCAUGGCGUUAUGCUCGUCCUCUUCUCGAUCCUCACCUCGGUCAUCCCGGGCGCUGGCGGGAUUGCUUGCCUUUUUGUGGUAUUUCUGUUCGAGAGUCAUUGCUACCCUGUCAUCUUCGCCCUCGCCUCUUCAAACCUCGGCCCGUAUGCCGUCAUUGGCGGUGCUCUCACUGCAGCCGGUGUCAGCGGUGGUGCAUGGUACCCGUCAGCACAGGCCGCACUCGCGGACCGUGCGACCACUCAUAUCUCAUACCUCGUACCCAUGACUGGAUUUGUUCCGCUGAUGAUCUAUGGCGCCGUCAUGUGGGUUCACCGCUGCAACCAGCACGGCAAGUACUCAAUCUGGGUCAAGGAUCUUGAGGGCGCCGACGCCGUGCACAUCGAGUCCGACUUGCGCCGCCACUCUCUCGCACCGCAGAUGAGCGCUGAUCUCCACUCCUACCACAAGGACGAGCACGAGUUCUACGAGCAUGCGGGAGUGGAGACGCGCACCACGGAAGGACACAGAGCUGUGGAGAGGACGUAGGAGAGUUCGCAAGGUGUACACACAAGCAGCUUUCGCAGGAGUAGAGGGAGGGGUAAACGAGAGAUCAACACGUUUGUAGGGCGCCGAAAUAGAUCAGAAGUGAGCAUGUAUUAGCCAAACAAUGUCUUGUGAGCAUGUGAGAAUCCUG